AUAUCAUGUUAUCGAAGACGAUAAACAGAUAUACGAUGUCAAUGAGUAACAUAAGGUGCUGUAUUGCCUACUUAAGGCACAUCUUAGCCAAGCUUCAACAACUGAGAUCAAACUUGGGUUUUGAUAAAGCACCCUAAAAUGAGCUACGUUGUUGGUGUGAUAGUCCUGCUUGUGGCAAAUGUCCAGUAUGGAAUGGUAUCAAGUUCCGCGCCUAGCGGUGCUGUGUAUAUCCAUUGGGGUCGCAGUGAUUGUCCUGAGGGUGCCAAUGUAGUUUACAGCGGUUAUGCUGGGGGGUCUCAUUAUAGACACAGUGGUGGUGCCGUGGAACCAAUUUGCUUGCCAGAGGAUCCGUAUAUGGAAGGUGAUCAAAAGAUGGAUUUACUUAAAGGUGGUUAUUUAUACGGUGCCGAGUACGAGACUUAUAAUCUAGUCCGCAAAACUUCCAAGUUCCACAAUGAGGAUGUGCCCUGUGCGGUCUGUCAGGCUAAUGACAAAACCUCUGUCAUAGUUAUCCCAGCAAGGAAAGAAUGCUAUACUGGCUGGAAAAAAGAGUACAGUGGAUAUUUAAUGUCCGGACGCAAUGACCAUGUAGCCGCCUCUGUCUUCACCUGUGUGGAUGAUCAACCUCAGAAAUUAGAAAAUGGGCAAGAAAACAAAGAUGGAUACCUUUUCUAUCCAGUGCAAGCACAGUGUGGUAGUCUGAAAUGUCCCCCUUUCAAAGACACAGGGAUCAUCUUCUGUGUUGUUUGUUCUAAAGCCUGAGGCGCAUAUCUUUGAUCAAAAUAAAAGUUAUUGCAUUUUAA